AUGAGGCUCUUGCCUCUGGCCCUCGUGCCUGGCGCACUGGCCAUCACGCUCGAUAUCAGUGACGAAAAUAGCGUCAAGUCCGCAACCUCAUCCAUUGCCUACGACAUGAUGACUUUUUACACGGGCAACCAGACUGGCCAGGUACCUGGAUUGCUACCCGGCGGCCUGAGCUGCGAUCCCAACAACCCGGCUAUCUACUGUUGGUGGGAGGCAGGGGCGAUGUUUGGUGCUCUUAUCAACUACUGGCAAUACACGAAUGAUUCGUCGUACAAUCCGGUGGUGUCACAGGCCCUGCAAUUUCAGCGAGGACCUGACAGCAAUUUCAACCCGCCCAACCAGUCGAAGAGUAUGGGUAUCGAUGACCAAGCGUUCUGGGCCUUUUCUGUAAUGGAUGCUGUUGAAUCCAACUUCCCAGAGUCGGACGACGAGGAUGCCCCUUCGUGGCUGGCUCUGGCGCAAGCCGUCUAUAACUUUCAGCGGAAUUACUGGGAUACCAACACAUGUGGAGGAGGUUUCCGCUGGCAGGUAUUCUCAUUCAACGCCGGCUACAACCUCAAGAACGCCGUCUCCAACGGCGGCAAUUUCCAACUUUCCGCUCGACUGGCCUACGUGACAGGAAACCAGAGUUAUGCCGACUGGGCGAACAUGGUCUACGACUGGAUGGAGACCAGCGCGUUGAUGCAGACGGACCCGUCAACUGGUACUCUUUAUAUAUGGGACAACACGGAUUCGAACAACAAUUGCACGGAUCAGACGCGAUUUGUCUGGACGUACAACUACGGCACCCUGCUGGUCGGCGCCGCCUACAUGUACAAUUACACGAAUGGCAGCCAGAUCUGGCUGGACCGAGUCAACACGAUCCUCAACAGCACUUUCUCCCUGUUCUUCCCAGCUCAGUAUGGGGGCAACAUCAUGUCAGAACUCCAGUGCGAGUCCAACAUGGUUUGCGACCAGGACCAGAAGAGUUUCAAGUCGUAUUUGUCGAGAUGGUUGGCUGUAACGAGUCUUUUGGUGCCGCAGACGGCCGGUCAGAUCGUUCCCAAGCUGCAAGCAAGCGCACAGGCAGCGGCGGGACAAUGCGACGGAGGUCCAACAGGCCGACAAUGCGGUAUGCAAUGGUACACGACCACGUGGGAUGGAUCGACCGGGGUUGGACAACAGAUGGCUGCAUUGUCGGUGAUAGGUUCAACGCUGAACAGGGACAUUUUGACGCCCAAGUCCAGCCACACGGGAGCCACCUCGCAGGGCGAUCCGAAUGCUGGAUCCCAAGCACCAGAAAACCCAGCUGCAUUGAGGGACAAGAUCACCACGGGCGACAAGGCCGGUGCAGCGAUCUUGACCCUCCUAGCCGCCGCUGUUGUCAUUGGAGGCGCUGUUUGGUUGGUCACCUAG